AUGCCGUCCUCCACGCAAGCACGAAAGUUUAAAAUUGCCCUUGUGGAUAAGGAUGAGUUCGACAUUCAAAUGGCAUCUCUUGCUAGAGAGGUGCUGGGAUUUAUCCAAAAGAACAGACCUGGGAUCGGAUUCGAUAUUGCCGACUAUCUUGGAGAGGAAUAUCAAGUCGCCUUAGAGGUGUGUCAGCAAUCUGAUGCAGUGAUUCUGUGCGGAGACAGAUAUUCUCCAAUCGAUCAAGAUCUGGGCAAGAAAGUCAGCACCUUGGCCAAUGUUCAGCCUGUAUUCUUUCCAAGCACUGGGCUCAUCCCAGAAAGGCUAUCAAACAGAAACGCUGUCCAAGGUGUUGAUAUAAAUUUUGUUAGCGAUGCCAUGCAUGGAAGCGUUGAGAAUGAGGCAACUCGUGAAAACAUUGAAAGUCUGGCGGUUUGGGUGGGAGUCUAUGCUAUGCGUUCUCACCCGCCGAAGCCUGUCCACUGUGUUUUGUCAGCAGUGCCAAGUUGGAGCUCUGUUGUUGCUGAAGUAUUCGAAAAGCAAUUUCCGAGUGUCGAAAUUCGGUAUUUGACUAUUGAGCAAGCAACGAAUAUUUUGGGUUCAGAGCCGACCAAGAUGAAUGGUAUAAUUCUCGCAGACGGAGAGAGCGGUGCUCUCCUAUCUGGUAAGACAUGCACCAGCCUCGGGCUACAGGGUCUGCUACUCUCGGCCGAGGUCUCAUCUUCAACCAAGGGUGGCACGCAGCUUGCGGUUUUCAAACCAGGAUUCUUGAGUGAGCAAGGCAGAAAAGUGGAUCCGAUUUGCAUCUUGUCUGCGAUAAGCCUGAUGCUCGACUUGUCCUUCGAUCUUGGUGCAGAGGCCUUAGCUGUCACCAGGGCAAUUCGCCGAACGAUGGAUCCGAUUGAACUCGUCGGUUCCAACAUCCGAACCUCCUGUGCCGGCGGCGAAGCCACACCGCAACAGUUCAUGGCCAAAUUUAUGGAGCACCUGGAUUCUUACCUUGAAGCCGCUGGUUCCGAAGCAGAGGCCCGGGUUGUUCCCAGGGAACUGAACUUGAGUUAUACACGCCAACGGCGUCCAAUGGGCGUGAUUGAGAAAAUCAUGACUCACGCUGCGGUGGGGUUGAGCAAGCCAGAAGUUCAAACAGGGGAGAUAAUAUGCGUGAAAGUGGACUGGACUUUGACGUCAGAGAUCCUCUGGGCGGGAAUGGAUAAAACAUAUGAUCAAAUGGGCAGACCUCGUCUCCAUCGCAAUGAUCGUAUGUGGCUGGCAAUUGACCACACUGUCGAUCCACGAACUAAUCAUCAACCACGACAACGAGGUCUUAUUGAGAAAGCAGAAAGCUUUCAACGUGAAUCAAAGCUUGUUAACUUUCUUCCGGCGAAUACGAGUAUCCUGCAUACGGACUUCACUCGCGACCGAGCACUGCCAGGACAGAUCAUUGUGGGAUGUGACUCUCAUUCCUGCUCUGCAGGCUGUGUCGGAGGCCUAGCCGUUGGACUUGGAGCUGCGGAUGUUGUGAUGCCAAUGGUGACCGGAGAGACUUGGUUUCGCGUGCCCGAGAUUUGCCGAAUCAACUUUGUUGGACAACUGCCAUUUGGAGUUGGAGGAAAGGAUGUCAUUCUUCAUAUCCUCGGCCUCUUCAAGCGGAAUACAAUCGCCUUCCAGCGAGCGGUCGAAUAUGGUGGACCGGGGCUAAAGGAAUUGUCCAUGGAUGCCAGAUUCGCCAUUGCAAACAUGACAACUGAAUUUGGCGGCAUGGGCGCGUGUUUUGAAGCUGAUGAGAGCACCGCAGAGUGGAUUUCUCGCAGACCACAUUCUGAGCACCAGGGAGGUCUUUACUUCAGAGCCGAUCCUGGUGCACAGUAUGCCGAAGUCCGAACCGUCAAUCUUGCCGAUGUUGAGCUCACCAUUGCUCUCUAUCCCGAGCCGGAUAAUGUUGUACCCGUCACAGAAAAGGUCGGCACAAAGUUGGAUGGGUGCUUCAUCGGAGCCUGCACCACCACAGAAGAAGAUCUCAUUGUGGGAGCAUUGGUGCUAGAUGCUGGACUGCGCGCGGGCAUGAUUCCUUGCGAAGGACGGAGAAGAGUCACUCCUGGAAGCCUGAGCAUUAUCAAGCACCUCGAGCGGCACGGCAUUUUAGACAUCUACCGACAAGCGGGAUUCGAGAUUGGAGCACCCGGUUGCUCGUACUGCGUUGGAAUUAACGAUGUUGAUGUUGCCGGUGAAGGUGAAGUCUGGCUUUCCUCGCAGAACCGCAAUUUCCGCAAUCGAAUGGGCAAAGGAGCCAUCGGUAGCAUCACCUGUGCAGCGGUCGUUGCGGCCUCCAGCUUUGAAAUGGUUGUCACCGACGCACGGUCACUGCUGGCUCAAAUCGACAGGGGAAGGUUAAGCAGGAUUUUGGGGAGCGAGAAGGCGCCGUUGACAAUUUCACCAGAGAUCAUCGAGCCCAAUCCCUUUAUUGCAUCGAAUGUUACUGCGAUCGCAGGCAACGGAACGUCUUCCUCUGAGAUUGGGGUUUCCACAGAGAAAUCUGUAAAGAUCUCCACUGAUGCGAUCCUGCGGUCAAAGGUUCAACGAUUUGGGGAAAACGUUGAUACCGACGCUAUUAUCCCUGCUGAGUUCGUCCCGGGUGUUGAUAAUGCCGAACUGGGUAGUCACUGCUUCGAGUACGACCGCCCCGUUUUUAGAAAAAAGGCAAAGGAUGGAUCUAGGAUCAUUGUUGCCGAUCGUGGAUUUGGAAGUGGCUCAUCCCGGGAGGAUGCAGUGAGAGCAUUGCAAGGGGCAGGCAUUGAAGCAGUCAUUGCGCCUACAUUUGCCUUCAUCUAUGACCGUAACCAGCUGAACAUGGGCCUGUUCAACAUCACCUUACCGGAUCCCAAAUUCUACGCGCUUGCAAAUGAGGACUCUGUCGUGAUUAUCGAUCGACAAUCGCGUACUGUCCAGGUUGAGGGUACGGAUCACGUAUUCCAUUACCAGCAGUCGGAAAUGGAGAAGACCCUCCUCGAUGCCGGAGGUGUGCUUCCGCUGUAUAAGCGAUUUGGCCGCUCAGUGUUCCGGGAGAUCUCAAACACGAAAACAACACGAAAUAAGGGUGCAAAGGCUUCGAACGGGAAUCUUGACUGGUGA